AACGGGAGCAAGCGCAACGUUGCUUCGACAGAGCAUAGGGAGACGCCAUCGCUGUGGUCACUCGCCAUCCUUGAUCGUUUGCCAGGAGGUCAUCGUUGUCGAUUAGACUCUACCUGGUUUGUUUCACUCGGUGCAUUCGCAGGCCGACUGCCUCCUCGAUUCAGACCUCCUCCGAAUAUCAAAGCACAUCUCUCCCACCUUGUGCCCCCAACGUUGACUCCCUCGACUGCCAUGCCCUACCUCUCCUCGCUGCGAUAGUGAUCCACUCUGGCUCUUUCACGUUCAGCUAUCUGCAACGUUCAACGCCCCCCUCCCUCUUCCACCACUUCAGAGCGGCAUACUAUGCUUGGUGAAGACACCAUCUUAAGGACUCCCAGCGGCCCCCGUACUGUCGGAUCUCUUGCGACUACCGAUGUCAUCUACGACGAUGACAAUCAAGAAGUGGAAGUAGUCGUGAGCCCUCCGCUGCAGAUGGACAGUCCGAGCCGCAUCUCAUUCUAUCCCUGGCCACAGUCUGGAGCAAGAGCAGUAGGAGCCCGACUCUUGUCGUAUACAGUAUCGCAAGAUCACGCGCUGCACCUCAUCGCCUCCAACGAUGUCAAUCCAAUGCUGACGGACAAUCCCAACGGCAAGCCACGUGUUGUCUGGACCACACGAUGUCAGCCAUAUCAAGACUUGGCACAGCAAGUCGGUCAGGAACUUAGCUCCCCCAUGGUGUCUCCCCCCUCGUCUCCCACACCCGGAGCCCCUCGUCGCAUGCCCACUCGUACGGCACGCUCACAAACAACGGUGGACCCUGCAACUUCGUCAGACCCCGAGAGCGACAGGUCCUUCCAUCCGUCUCAAGCUCUCAGCGAUCCGUCCCAAGAGCUGAGCUCUGAACCAAUGCACAAUCACCCAUUGACGCCUCAUGAGUCUUUGGAGAAAGCGCAUCGGAAAUUCAGAAGGGACCUUUGCCUCUGCCGCUCGAUUCGUAGGACCGGCUUUCUCUGCUCGACGAUGGAAGAGGCUGAGCAUGUCAAGGAAAUGCUUCGUGACCUUCGUGUGGGUCCAACCAUGGACACUAACAUCGUGCAGGCCUACGACGUUGUCAGCAUCACUGCCCAAGAGUGGCACGAGGCACAGCAUCAGACACUUCGCCCUGGAGGCUGGAUCACGAACCUCAAAAUGACAAGGUAUUCCUACCAAAUGCUGCCAGCCGGAGACGAUCGAGAUGACCAUCUUCCGGUCGAUCCCUAUUUUGUUGGCCUCUGGUUUGGGGAUGGAGGCCACAGGACUCCAACCAUUACUGUGAGUGAGCGGGAUACUCAAAUCAUUGAGAGACUACAUCGGCUAUGCAACAGGCUCAACGACAGUCGACCAGGAUGGGCAGCGCCUCUUCAGGUCAAGUUUCGAAGAAAGAAGUUUCAAGAAGACAGCAUUAUCAAGGAGAAUUUUCAGGUGUGGGAUUGCGCGAUCACGAGUACGGCUUUCAACCGCGACCGACGUUGGUGGAAUCCCAUUGUGACUGGUCUCCGUCAGUUGGGAGUGUACGCCAUGCACAAGACCACCGGCGUCCCUGACCAAUACCUAAAUGGAAGUGAGCGGACAAGGGCCUCUGUCCUGGCCGGGCUCAUCGAUUCAGAUGGAAGUUGGCAUGGGUCCGGCUACAUAUUCUCGCAGAGUGACGCUCACUUGCCCGUCGUGAACAGCUUCAGGAGCUUGGCGUUGGGGCUAGGCAUCCGAGCGCAUGAGGUUGUACACUAUAUGUCACCUGCCCCAGGGAACAAGAACAGGCUGCUGCCGCAAUGCAGGAUCACGAUAGGGGGGCCGAACAUCCACAAGUUACAACCCUUCCUGGCACUGCCAAGGAAGAAACAACCACCUCCAAGACGCCAGAAUGACUGUGAUCUGCGAACAAUCAAGGUAGAGCAGGUGGAUCAGCACAGUCCUCCUCUCCUGGGACGUGCCAUUCGCGCUCGUGCUCCCGCAGACAUCCGGGGCAUGCUGGUCAGGAGGCAGGUCAUCAGAGGUCAACUGGAGGACGGAUCGAUCGUUGUGGUCUGAUGGAAUUGUAGCUGUUCGGGUGGUCGCUGAUGGCAAUGACAAUAGUUUUCCUUGUCAGGUGCCGGCGCUGGACCUCACCGACUGCCUAUGGACGAAGGGCCGUCACUAAUGUGCGUAACGAUCAGGUCAUCAUUGCGCGUUGUUUGAUUGCUUGGAUGUACCCUGCAC